UUUUCGGAUAUGACUCGGGCGUCUUCGACUCAUUUCUCCGCGAUUUUCAUUGCACCCCUGAGGUCCAAACCCGCGUGAGUGCUAUCGCGGUGGGGAUCCAACAGGCCGGCGCCCUGGCUGGCUGUCUGGCAAUAUGGCCUAUCACCAACCACCAUGGUCGUCGACGGGCUAUGAUGUACUGCUCGGCCAUCUUCUGUCUGGGGGUCGUCUUCGAGGUCAUCAACUCCCACUCUCUGCCAGUCUUCUACCUUGGCCGGGUCAUUUGCGGACUCGGGAUCGGGGGAUCCGCCACGGUGAUCCCCAUCUACCUCUCUGAAAUGAGCCCUACGGACAUGCGCGCCCGCUUAGGUAGUUGCUACCAGUUCACGUUCACCGUAGGCAUCCUCGUGUCGUACUGGAUCGACUACGGAAUCCAAUUCCGCGCCCCCACCGCCGCCCAGUGGCAAAUCCCACUAGCCCUACAACUCAUCCCCGGCGCCCUAAUGGGCCUUGGCAUGCUAAGUCUUGACGAAAGCGUUCGCUGGCUUCUCAGCCAAGGAGACUCCCACCGCGCCUGGACCAGUCUAACCUGGAUCCGAGCAUCCUCCGGGCCCGCCAUCGCGGCCGAAUUCGCCCAAAUCAAAGAGGGUAUCGAAGCCGACCGCCACGCCACUGCAGACUUCCAUGUACGCGAACUACUGGAAAAGCCCAAUGCACGUCGUUUCCUGCUAGGAAUCAGUCUCUUCCUCGCGCAGCAAUCCACCGGAGCCACGGCAAUGGCCUACUUCGGUCCCCAGUUCUUCUCUCUGUUGGUGGGGGGCGGUGGCACAAACCAGUCCCUCACAUUACUCCUAACGGGGAUAUUCGGCGCCCUGAAAGUAAUCAGCUGCCUUGCGUUCAUAAUCUGGAUCGCCGAACGUUUCGGCCGAAGACCGCUGCUUAUCCUGGGCGCUCUGGCCAUGUCCCUCUGCAUGGUCUCCACUGCCUUUGUCGUCAGAUCUGACCCAGCCCCUACCCCAGCCCACACAACCAGUAAUGGCAUAAAGUCCACAGGAAUAUUGACGGUCGCCCUAAUCUACCUAGACAUCAUAGCCUACAACUUCUCCUGGGGUCCCCUCCCGUGGCCCUGCACGGCGGAGCUCUUCAACACCCGCAUCCGCGAACCGGGCGUUGCAGCUGGCGUUGCCGCCCAAUGGCUCGGUAAUUUCGUUUGGUCGGCGAGUACGCCGUAUAUCUUGGCGGGGAUGGGAUGGGCAACGUUUUUGUUAUUUGGGGCGCUUGAUUUAGUCAUUGCAGGGUUUGUGUGGGGUUGUCUGCCUGAGACCGGGGGGAGGAGCUUGGAGGAGAUUGAGGCGUUGUUUGAGCAGACUGUACCAGAUGAGGAAGGUGAGGCUUGUUUAGGGAAGGGAAGUGAUGGUGGGUCUUCUUCCCUUUCUCUUUCUCCUUCUCCUUCUUCUUCUUCUUCUUCUAGACAUGAGAAUAGAGAGGGUGGUGAGAGGUACGGGUCUAUUGGAGAAUGAUUUUACAGUAUACAAGACGCACUAGAUCACUGAUACUGAAUAUCAAUCUAAACAUCGUCAUCUUGCA